AUGGUGUCUAACCAAGGAGAAGUGCAUUCACAGACUUCAAGUCAAUUACCUUCGCAAACUAUACCAAAUCCAAGAGGAAAAGUGAGUGUUAUCACUCUACGGAAUGGUAAAACUAUUUUUGAACACAAACAAGAAAACUCAUCUGAUUGUAUAAGUAAUGUGGAUCUGGAUUCGCAAAUUAAAUUUGGAUCUAUUCCAGUAGUGCAAAUUCCAGUGGCAGAACAGAAGCAGGCAGAGAUUCAUCUGCCAUUUCCUCAGAGAAUAGUGAAACCUAGUAGAGAUAAGGCUAUUGAAAAGCCUAAUGAAUUUCAAGAAUUAAUGGGAAUUUUCAGUAGAGUGGAAGUGAAUAUUCCUCUGUUAAAGGUAAUCAAACAUAUUCCUAAGUAUGCAAAAUUUUUGAAGGACUUAUGUGUUCACAAGAAGAAGCUCAAGGGUAAUGAGUUGGUGAAUAUAGGAGAGAGUGUUUCUGCACUAUUUCAGUCUAUGCCACAAAAAUGCAAGGAUCCAGGAGUUUUCACCAUUCCAUGUAUGAUAGGGGAGAGUAGUUUUGAAGAUGCUAUGCUAGAUCUUGGAGCAUCCAUUAAUGUUAUGCCGAAAUUAGUGUUCCAAGCUCUUGGAAUUGGACCUCUUCAGUCAACAGGGGUUGUGAUUCAAUUGGCGAACAGAAGUUUUGCUCAUCCAGUAGGAGUGAUUGAAGAUGUGCUGGUAAAGGUUAAGGAACUAAUUUUCCCUAAAGAUUUUUAUGUUUUGGAUAUGGAGGGUGAUACAAAGUCAAGUCAUGUACCCAUAAUUCUUGGAAGGCCAUUUCUGAAAACAGCGAAGACUAAGAUUGAUGUUCAUGCUGGGACUUUAUCAAUGGAGUUUGGGGAUACUGUUUUCCAGUAUAACAUUCUGGAGGGUAUGAGAUAUCCAGUAGAGAAUCAUUCUUUGUUGAAUGUUGAAUUAUUUGAUGAGCUGGAGGACAAGUUGGAUGUAACUGAAGAUGUCCAUUUCGAGCAGGAAGGUUCUAUUCCAGUAAUCAAAGAGUAUGAAGGAGUUUGCAUGAUGGAGUCAGAACCUGAAAAAGAGCUUCCAUCUACUGUGCAUCCACCGAAAUUGGAGUUAAAGGUUCUUCCAAACCAUUUAAAGUAUGCUUACUUGAGGAAAGACAAGCAGCUACCAGUAAUCAUCUCCAAGGAUCUUGAGCCCAGACAAGAAGAGAUAUUGUUAGAUGUUUUAAGGCAUAAUCAAAAAGCAAUUGGUUGGACUUUGGCAGAUUUGACUGGAAUUAGUUCUGUCAUUUGCACACAUAUGAUUUUAUUGGAGGAAGAUGCUAAACCUGUAUGA